AUGUUUUGGGGUAUUGAAAUUAGUAAAGUUCCAGUUAAAUUUACACCAGCUUUUGACCUUCACAUUACAACAGCAUGUUUAUCAGCUGUUGCCAAAGAUACUGGUCGUAAUGUAUUACAAGUUAAAUAUGAUGGCAAAACAUACAGUCUUUGUUCAUUAAAAUUAAAUGCAACUGAACACAGUGUUUUAGAUACCAAUUUUGAAGAAGGUAAAGAAGUUGAAUUCUCUGUCAGUGGUAAUAACACUAUCUGUUUAACUGGUUAUUUUGUUGAUUCAAUGUUUGGUGAUGAUGAACAUGGUGAAGAUGAAGAUAAUGAAGAAGAAGAAGGUGAAGAAGGUGAAGAUGAAGAAAUGGAAGGUGAAGACGAAGAUGAAGAUGAAGAAGAUGAAGAUGAAGAAGAUGAAGAUGAAGAAGAAGAAGACGAUGAAGAAGAUGAUGAAAUUAAUAAAGAAUUAGAAAGACAAAUUUUAGAACAAGCUUUAAAGAGAAAAGCUCAAAUUGAAGCCGACAAAAAUAAACAACAAAAAAAACCAAAACAAGAAGAGCCAGUAAAACAAGUUACUCCAGUCAAACCAACUGCUCAAGCUGCUAAACCAACUGCUGCCACUACCACCACCACCACUACCACUACCACCACUCCAACUAAACAAACUACACCAGCUAAACCAGCUGCUAAACCAGUCACUCCAACCAAACCAGUCACUCCAACUAAACCAGUUGAAGCUGCUGUUGUUGAAAAGAAGAAACCAACUUCAUCAGUUGUCACAUUACCAAGUGGUUUACAAUAUGAAGAUUUAGUCGUUGGUUCUGGUCCAUCACCAAAGAGCGGUAAAAAGGUUGGUGUCAAAUACAUUGGUAAACUUACUAAUGGUAAAACUUUUGAUUCCUCCCUUCGUACUCCAUUCACUUUCCGUAUUGGUAUCAGAGAAGUCAUCAGGGGUUGGGAUAUCGGUGUUGCCUCAAUGAAAGUUGGUGGAAAGAGAAGAUUAACAAUUCCAGCUGAUUUAGCCUAUGGUAGAUCUGGUGCCCCACCAUCAAUUCCACCAAAUGCUACUUUAAUCUUUGAUGUCGAAUUAGUAUCAUGUGCUCAAUAA